GGGGGCUGGGCGCCGUGACGUCACGGCAGCCGCGAGCGCGCCGCUGGGCCGGGGCCCGGUUGCCGUGACGUCACCGCCGGGGCAGGGCGCCUCCCGCCGUGCCUCGCGACCGGAAGUGGCGCGCGCUGGGAGACGUGUCGGUGCGGCGGGACCGGAGAGAUGAUCACGGACGUGCAGCUCGCCAUCUUCGCCAACAUGCUGGGCGUCUCGCUGUUCCUGCUCGUGGUGCUGUACCACUACGUGGCCGUCAACAACCCCAAGAAGCAGGAGUGAGGAGCCCGCGCAGCCCCGAGCAGCCCGCCCCGCCAUGCCCCGCGCCGCCCGCCCGCCCUCCCUCCCGCCAGGCCUCGCUGCAGCCCCGGAGGCGCCAGGCCGAGCUCCUUCCAAACCGGCUUUAACGGAAACACGAUGAUACACGACA